AUGUCGAACGACUUUUUUUCAGGUUCAUCAGAACACAUCUGGUCAAUUCCAAUGAAUUUAACUAUUACUUCAUCCAAUGGUGUCAUCGGUCGCUUUCGCCAUCUGCUUACUUCUGCCACUGAAGUCGUCACUAUUCCCUGGAACCCAGUUAGUUCAUCACUAUCUUGUGUUGACAAUGAGGCCCAAAAAGGGGAUGCUCCCUUCAGACUUAAUUUUAAUGCCGAUUCAACUGGUUUUUAUCGUGUUCACUAUCUCGUUGAAGAAACUAGCUUGCGCCGUAUGAUCAAAGAUUUCCAAGAGCCAAAUGAAGAAAAGAAAAGUGAAUUUUCAGCAAACCUGGAUCUUAGCUUGCGACUUUCAAGAUUCAACUUUAUGAACGAUGGCUUUGCCCUGGUAAACACUAUCUCAUUUCUGUUUUCAUUUCGCCUAAAAAGGUGGAUGGACGGGAUUCGUAAAUUAGUCUCUCUGAAGAAGACGAUCGGUAGUUGA